AUGGCGACGCCGCAGGAGGUGCGCAGGGUCGACUCGUUCUCGCAGCUGCCGUUCAUCCGGCCGGCGGUGGCGCAGCAGCAGCAGCAGCAGGCGAGGGAGACCAUCCGGCUCUUCGGCCGCGAGUUCUCCAACAACGACGCCCUGCUGCAGCAGCAGCAGCGCAAGCAGGAGGCCGGCGCCGGCUCCCCGGACGCCGCCAACGGGAGCACCGUCACGUCCGAGGGCAACGGCGGCGGCGGCGGUGGAGCCAAGGGCGGCGCGUCUGGGGCGGCGGCGGGGGAGACGAGGAAGUUCGAGUGCCACUACUGCUGCCGCAACUUCCCGACGUCGCAGGCGCUGGGCGGGCACCAGAACGCGCACAAGCGGGAGCGCCAGCACGCCAAGCGGGCCCACCUGCAGGCCUCCCUCGCCAUGCACCGCUACGUCCCCGGCGGCCACCACAUGUACGGCGCCCUCCUCAACUACCACCACCACCACCCCGCCGCCGCCCGCUACGACCAGCCGCCGCCGCACUACCCGAUGUGGACGACCGCCAGCAUGGGGCCCUACGGCGGGGGCGGCCCGGGCUCCAUGUCGCAGCCCAUCGACGGCAGCCCCGUCGCGCAGGCGCAGGGCCACUGGAGGGUGCCCCUGCCGGCCGUGGAGAACUUCGGCGCAGCAGUCCGUCACGGCGCGGCUGACAUGCCGCCGGCCGUGGUGGUGCGGCCCGGGGAGGUGAUGACCUGCAAGGACGAGAAGGUGGUGAUGAGCCUGCUCUCCUCGUCGCCGUCCUUGUCGUCCUGCUCCUCCACGUCGCCGGAGAAGCUAGGUAGGUGUGAAUUGGGGCAGCAGGAGGCUCUUAGCUUGGACCUCCAUUUGUAA